GAGAUCCAGUGACUGUGAAGGCCAUAGCAUAUGAUUCACAUCAGUGUCAUCUUCAUCAAAUCAUCCAGUGACCCCUCGUGCCUUAUGGAUGGGGGCAUUGUCAUCCUGGAAGAGACCACUCCCAUCCGGAUAGAAAUGUUUCAUCAUAGGAUAAAGGAAUAUGCCCAACACUGAUUCAUUCAUCUUCAUCCCUGAGCCUUCAGAGGAAUAAUCUGACGGGGAGUUGGGAAAUAUACAGUAUGCAUCACUGCCAGUUCUAAGUCAGAUGGAGCAAAGUAUCCACGGAAUAUACAAGGGAGUAGAGGUCAUGUCUUAGCCUGGCACCCACAGCAGACCUUCAGAGAGGACUCUGCAGCUUGGGCCAAGAACAAAUGUCUGCAAUAGGAUGUUCUGGAGAAGAAGCUGCCCAAUUUCUGGAUGAGCUCAUUGACUGUCCUUGUGCUCCGGCACAGGCCCAAGCAGACACAGGCAGAUUCCAUGUACCUUUUGGAUACCAACAAUUUCCCACCAACCCACGACCCUGCUUUUGUUCCUGGCUUUUCUCAAGCUGUGAGACUUGGCAACCCUUUGGUGGCAGACAUGUUGCAAACAUGCUUUGGAGAAGGAGUAAAGUUCUGUAAAUAUGACACCCUUUCCACUCGGAGUUUCGCAAUGGGAAAUGCCACUCUCGGGGCCUUCCAAAAUCACCAGGUCAUCAUGAAAGCCCUGGAGCCAGUGGUGUCUUGUGGCUGGCUUCCCACACCCACAAAUGGGAAGAAGAAGGGGACACAUUAUCCAGAGGGAAACACUCUUAACUUCUCUGAUAACUACAUACUAUACAGUUCAACAGAGCACAAUUGUCUGGAUGAUGGGACUUGGACAGGAGAGCAACCCUACUGCAUAACAGAUGAUAAUAUGGGGUUUAUACUUGGCACUGUUGGUUCCCUUUCAUCAAUGAUCACAAUGGGAGUAAUGAUCAACCCACACAACAGGAAACAAGAUUCACUUCACAGAAAAAUCAAUUCCUCUAUUCCACUGAUGCAAUAA